AUGGAUGCUGCAGGAGUGAUGCACAGAGUGAGCAAGGAUCUGGAGGGUGAGCGUGUGCUGAGGUGGUGCAGUGCAAGUCAGAGCAGAGAUAGCAAAGUGUGGCGGGAGCCCAGAAGGGAGCAGGUCCCUUUCAAAGAGAGGCCAGGAAACUGCUGUCAUGUGUUUCAGACACGAGAUCCUAGCAGCCUUGUCCUGCAGACUCUGAGGACCAGGCAGCUAAAUGGCACUUGUGCCAGCUCGGUGGACAUGGAGCUCUUCCUCCAUUACUCCCUCAUCCCGUCACUUUUCAUCAUUUUGGUCUUGUCCCUUCUCCAAAGACGAGAGCACCAUAGACAGAGAGAUGAUGCUUCUUACCUCCUGGGGAACCGCUUCAGAAUGAUCAUACCUCUGGACUUCGUGGGCACUUUUCGUAACCGAUGGUCAUAUGGAGUAGCCUUUGGGGCUACAGCCAAUAAGGUCAUGUUCUUAUUCUCAGAAGGCUACCAGCCCCUGCAAGUCCCACAAUGGGCCCAAGCCUUUGUGCUUCUGAUCGGAGGCAUCGAAGUCGGCCUGUCCCACUUCCCCUUCUUUGCUUGCCUCUCGUCGGAGUUCCGGCUGGUCAGCUCCAUCCUGGGCUUCAGCUACUCUCUGAUCUGGUUUGCUGUCACCAUCCUUCACAUCACACAGUGUCCCCAUGGGCAGUUUGUGGGGAAGUAUGAGACGGUCAUGUUCUACUGGCCCUCACUGCUCUGCCUGGCCUUCGUUCUGGGCCGCUUCCUGUACAUGUUUGUCAAGUCUCUGAGGGUCCACCUGGGCUGGGAGCUUCAGAUGGAAGAAAAGCCUUUCCUGGAAGUUCACCAGGCAGAGCACGUCAAACAGCUCCUGAGGAAGUGCCCCCUGCAAGAGAGAGAAAAGUCUUGGUUCCAGAACAGGAUAUAUGAGUGGGACCCCUACUUUCAGUUCCCAAGCAGGAUGAUUGGAACCACUGUGUUGGCUUUCAUCUGCCUGUACCUUUUCAUUGUCAUUGAGUUCUGCAUGUUCGUGUAUGUGAGAGAUGAGCUGGAUGUGUUUGAAGGCGAAUUGGAGAGCUACGUCGCCUCCAUGAACCAGACAGGGAUGCUGACCCCAGUCCUCCUGAAGGUGAAAGAGCUGAUUAACGUCACCAAAGGAGUCUGGGUGGUGACCAUCUUGCCUGCCUCCCUCACGUGUGUGAGCUACCUGUUUCACAUCUUGGCUUGUUACAGAAAGCAAAUGAAGAGGUUGUGGGCAGGAGAUAAACACUUUCUCCCUUUGAAGUUCCAUAAUCCUUCCUCGUCAGAGAGUGUGGUGGCCAUUGCAAGGUACUCUGGCUGGCAGAUAGCUUAUAUUCUGUGGGGCUACCUCAUCAUCCACGUGAUGCAGAGCCUGUGUGGCCUAGUGAUCAUGUACAGCCUGGUGCUACCUGUCAUCCACAAUCAGGCCCUGGAGAUGCUCCGAGGACUGGGCAUCGGGAUCCUCACCAUAUCCAUCGUCCUGGGCCUCAUGGUCCUGCAGGUAUGGAUCGCCGCCAGCUUCUUCCUGCAACCAAAGAUGGGAACAGCUGACAAGCAGAAGCCCUUGGCUCUCAACAACAGGAGAGCAUUCCACAACUUCAACUAUUUUCUGUUCUUCUACAACGUGCUGCUGGGCCUGGGCGCCUGCCUCUCCAGGCUUCUCAUCAGCUGCAUCCUGGGCACGUGGCUGAUCGCCCGCAUCGACAGGACCAUUCUGCAGAGUGGCUGUGAGAGAGCAGACAUGGGGUUCAGUGCGUGGAUUGGCAUGCUCUAUGUGGAUCAUUAUCACACCAACCCUGUGCUCGUCAGCUUUUGUCACAUCCUGAUCACAGGCCACAGAGAGAGGAGGCUGCAGCAGGCCAUCAAAUACUGGUACCUAAAUCAGUCAGCAGGUCCCCGCACCUCAGUGAGGUCCAGGACAAGGUGGCUCCUGCUGCAGACCCUGAUCAACAACCCCGGACUGGUCACGCUCAGAAAAUCAAGAUCAGGUCAUGGCUCCCAGGACUUUACCCAGAUUCUGUUGACGUGCUCGGAGAGCUGA